AUGGCUGCUGCAUCAGCCGCUGCAACCGCUGUAGCAGCAGCUGAAUCGGGUCUGCCUCUCUCCGUCUGCGCAUCCCUCUCUGCCUCAAGCGGUCCGGGAAACGACUAUGCGGCUGUUUAUGCUGAGCUGGCAUCCGCCUCUAGUUCGCCCUUCACGUGUGGCACCUCUUCGGCUUCUCCGGGCGAUAUUUUCACCCGACUUCUGGCUGAAGCCGGACCUGCCGCUCGUCUGGCUGAGCUCGUCGGUGUCCCUGGACAAGCUGAGAUUAGCAAGGCUGCCGGAAAAGCUGCACUCGUUGCCGCUGCUGUCCUGCAGUCGACAGUAGCUGCUUCUGUUUUGCCUUCUACCUCAUCGUCGGCCACGCCCACUGAUGGGGUUCCUGGAAGCGGGCCUCGUCUCCUUCGUUCGACUGAUGCCGAUGAUUCAACCAUUCUU